AUGCCAGCGGUGUCAGGUCAGACUGUAUGAGUUUUAAUUAGAAUCCAUUAGUCUCCUGUGAUAGUUGUUUUUAAUUAUUUUGGGACUGAAAUUAUUAUAUGGUACAUUUCACAAACUUCCUGACCACAUGGCAUGUCUCUCUCUCUCUCUCUCUCUCCUAUCUUCUCUCUCUCUCUCUCUCUCUCUCUCUCUCUCUCUCUCUCUCUCUCUCUCUCUCUCUCUCUAUCUCUCUCUCCCUCUCUCUUGCUCUCUCUCUCUCUCUCUCUCUCUAGCUGGUGAUAGAGAUAGUGAAGUGCAAAAAUGUAAAAAACAAUAUUUUUGAGAAACUUCAACGUUCAGCGUGAAUAACAAUCAAACAUUUAAUUGACGUUGAAGUGUACACAAAAAUCAAGGGCUGAAAAUGUUUCCUGAUUGUGUAAGAGGUUGACAAUGCACCGCCCUGUUGUUAUGUUGUGCUGUGAACAAAAGGUCCAGGGGUUGAUUCUAAAGUGGGACAGUGACUAUUCUGAAAUCAGAGCUUAUAUAUACAUAGAUAUAACACUUGAUACAUUAUAUUAAUAAUAAGUGAGGAGAGAUUGGUAUUAAUAUGUAACCAAAACACCAUGGGAGUCUGCAUGACUAUAAUGUACUAAACUGGACACCACAUCUUUUUUGCCUUACUUGAAAGAAAUGGAAUCAAUGCAUUACCAAAGCUAUGAUUCAGUGGUGCUGUAAUGUCCUUAACUGGACACUGUACCCUCAUUGGACUCACUUGGUCCCUUAGAACUAUUAUCACCACCAACCACUUGCCUAACCUGCUUUGCCCGAUGUAAAUCACUUUGUGAUUGGGAGGUAGCUAACGUCAACCUGUGUUGCCUGUGUUGACAUGGAGUCCCCCAGGGCUCAGUCUUCCUAGCUCUGCUGAUCUGGAGCAUUUGUCAACUGCAGCCCAGUCAAUAUAUAAUAAUGAUGCGUUGCAAUGCAAAACAAUAGCUAUUAUAUGUGUUGUGCUGAGGGGAUAGGAGAGAGAAGCUGUAACAUGUAACACAGUACUACUGUAUGUCCUUUGGAUCAAAAUCAAAUCAAAUUGUAUGUAUCACAUGCUUCGUAAACAGCAGGAGUAGACUAACAGUGAAAUGCUUACUUACGGGCCCUUUCCAACAAUGCAGAGAGAAAAAUCUAGAAAAAUAAUAAUAAAUACACAAUGAGUAACGAUAACUUGUCUAUAUACGCGGGGUACCAGUACCGAGUUGACGGGCAGGUGUAGGAGAUAAUUGAGGUAGAUAUGUACCUAUACAGUGGGUAGAGGUAAAGUGUUGAUAGUGAUCACAUUCUGUAUGUGAUUUGUUAUAGUGAUUAUGGCUUUGAACGGCGUAGAGAAGAGAACUGUCUACCAGCAUUCUGGUUCAACCCAGCUGUUGUAUCAAGGAGCUGCAGCCAAGGACAUAACUACCUCAAAAGCACAGGGUGAGUUGCACAUAGGGGCACUAUUUUGUAGCGUUUCUAUGUUGUCUAUUCUAAGUGAAGGCAACCCUUCUGUAUAUUUCUGCUGAAUGAAAAAACAUAUUUUUUCUGUGUUUUAAGAAUGUUUUCCAUUUCAUUUUGUAAAGCAUUAUGUUGGUCAUAAUAUGAUAUAAAGCCUGAAUAGGUAUAACACAUUUCAUACCUACAGUGGGGCGAACAAGUAUUUGAUACACUGCCGAUUUUGCAGGUUUUCCUACUUACAAAGCAUGUAGAGGUCUGUAAUUUAUAUCAUAGGUACACUUCAACUGUGAGAGACGGAAUCUAAAACAAAAAUCCAGAAAAUCACAUUGUAUGAUUUUUAAGUAAUUAAUUUGCAUUUUAUUGCAUGACAUAAGUAUUUGAUACAUCAGAAAAGCAGAACUUAAUAUUUGGUACAGAAACCUUUGUUUGCAAUUACAGAGAUCAUAUGUUUCCUGUAGGUCUUGACCAGGUUUGCACACACUGCAGCAGGGAUUUUGGCUUAUUCCUCCAUACAGACCUUCUCCAGAUCCUUCAGGUUUUGGGGCUGUCGCUGGGCAAUACAGACUUUCAGCUCCCUCCAAAGAUUUUCUAUUGGGUUCAGGUCUGGAGACUGGCUAGGCCACUCCAGGACCUUGAGAUGCUUCUUACGGAGCCACUCCUUAGUUGCCCUGGCUGUGUGUUUCGGGUCGUUGUCAUGCUGGAAGACUCAGCCACGACCCAUCUUCAAUGCUCUUACUGAAGGAGGUUGAUGGCCAAGAUCUCGUGAUACAUGGCCCCAUCCAUCCUCCCCUCAAUACGGUGCAGUCGUCCUGUCCCCUUUGCAGAAAAGCAUCCCCAAAGAAUGAUGUUUCCACCUUCAUGCUUCACGGUUGGGAAGGUGUUCUUGGGGUUGUACUCAUCCUUCUUCUUCCUCCAAACACGGCGAGUGGAGUUUAGACCAAAAAGCUCUAUUUUUGUCUCAUCAGACCACAUGACCUUCUCCCAUUCUUCCUCUGGAUCAUCCAGAUGGUCAUUGGCAAACUUCAGACGGGCCUGGACAUGCGCUGGCUUGAGCAGGGGGACCUUGCGUGCGCUGCAGGAUUUUAAUCCAUGACGGCGUUGUGUGUUACUAAUGGUUUUCUUUGAGACUGUGGUCCCAGCUCUCUUCAGGUCAUUGACCAGGUCCUGCCGUGUAGUUCUGGGCUGAUCCCUCACCUUCCUCAUGAUCAUUGAUGCCCCACGAGGUGAAAUCUUGCAUGGAGCCCCAGACCGAGGGUGAUUGACCGUCAUCUUGAACUUCUUCCAUUUUCUAAUAAUUGCGCCAACAGUUGUUGCAUUCUCACCAAGCUGCUUGCCUAUUGUCCUGUAGCCCAUCCCAGCCUUGUGCAGGUCUACAAUUUUAUCCCUGAUGUCCUUACACAGCUCUCUGGUCUUGGCCAUUGUGGAGAGGUUGGAGUCUGUUUGAUUGAGUGUGUGGACAGGUGUCUUUUAUACAGGUAACGAGUUCAAACAGGUGCAGUUAAUACAGGUAAUGAGUGGAGAACAGGAGGGCUUCUUAAAGAAAAACUAACAGGUCUGUGAGACCUGGAAUUCUUACUGGUUGGUAGGUGAUCAAAUACUUAUGUCAUGCAAUAAAAUGCAAAUUAAUUACUUAAAAAUCAUACAAUGUGAUUUUCUGGAUUUUUGUUUUAGAUUCCGUCUCUCACAGUUGAAGUGUACCUUUCUUUCUUUCUUUCUUUCUUUCUUUCUUUCUUUCUUUCUUUCUUUCUCUCUCUCUCUCUUUCUUUCUUUCUUUCUUUCUUUCUUUCUUUCUUUCUUUCUUUCUUUCUUUCUUUCUUUCUUUCUUUCUUUCUUUCUUUCUUUCUUUCUUUCUUUCUUUCUUCCUUCAUCUGUAGUCCUUGCUUUACUUGCUUUCCAGGGUGACUCAAUGAGAACCAAGCUCCAUGUUACAUGUACUGUACGUCACCUCUAUACAUUCAUCUAUUGUCUCAGGGCUAUUCAAUUCCCGCCAUCGAGGACUGAAGUACUUCUGGUUUUAGUUUGUGCUGUACCUGGUAGAUAAUUGGUCAGUUACUGUUAUGUCUGCCAUUGGUUGGCCGGAGUGGUCGCUCACCUGGUGAACCAGGUCUGAAUCAGUCCCUGAUUGGAGGGAAAUUAUGUAAAACAACAUUGCUGUUGUUCUCAAGGAUCAUAACUGAAUAUCUCCGCCUCAUAUUUCUCUGUAAAUAUCCACCUUACUAAGUAUACAGCAGUGUACAAUGGAGCCAGUUAUAGGCAAAGUACCCGAAUGCUUUGCACAUAGCACAGCACUUUGAUGUUCUCUAGCUCUUCUCAUCUUGUAAAGCCAGCCAAAUGUAAAGUAAAUAAUAGCGACAAAUAUAACAUGCUUGUGUCUAAAAGGCAUCAAGAAUUAUCCAGCUCUUUGCUGUGCAGUGUUUGAAUUGCCCCCUCGUCUCUUGAUUUGAACAUAGAGGCUUUCGUCAAUAUGUGAAGGUGCCAUUUAAAUGUUGUCUCUAGUCGCCACGACACUUUCAAUCAGUGUACUUUCAUUUUUCUGAUGGCAUUGAUUCUGCUGGUGUUUUUUUCUCCAUGGUUAGAUACAUUUUGAGGUCAUUUACAGGGGAGAGAGAGUGCAGGUGAUGCUUUUAGCGAUGUGCCAAGCACGAUGCCGCCACAGAUUUCCAAUUGGAAUAUUUUUAACACCAAACACAGUUUAUGGAGCCUGUCUAAAUGACUCACACACAAACACAUACACACACACACACACACACACACACAAACACACACACAUACACUGCAUGCAUUUGAAAGCUAGGAUAAGGAUAAAGAUUAGUCUCAGUUAAAGAGGAUAAGAGUUAACAGAAGCCUAUACGGAAAUGUACACGCCAGAGUGCCGAGUCACACCACUGUCAGCCAGAGUUUUACCAUGAAAAUACGGUGUUAUAUUUAGUCAUUUUAGCAGACACUCUUAUCCAGAGCGACUUACAGUUAGUGAGUGCAUACAUUUUUCAUACUAUACUAUUUUUCAUACUUCCGCUAUUGGAAACUUCACCGCUUAGAUGACGGUAAUGACACGUUACCCACGUCAGCUUCCAUUACGGUCUCAGCAUGGGAGACCACAGUAUUACUCACAAGGUAUCACGACAAAAACAUGAUAACGCCAACAUGUUUUAAGUCUGGAAUGAAUCUUGUUCAAACGUAAAUUCCAUCAAAACCCACGCCCCUGUAAAACUAAUAUUUGGACAUGCCAGUGCUUUUCAUUUUUAAACUAAAAAUAAUCUAAAAAUAGUAUUUCGAUGUGCGAGUGCUUUUCAUAUUGUAAAGUAGGUAGUCUGAAACAAUAUCCAUGUAAUUACAAUCAUAUACUGAGUCUGAAUCAUUCAAUACUGAGUCUGAAUCAUCCAGUACUGGGUCUGAAUCAUCCAAUACGGAGUCUGAAUCAUCCAAUACGGAGUCUGAAUCAUCCAAUACGGAGUCUGAAUCAUCCAAUACGGAGUGUGAAUCAUCCAAUACGGAGUGUGAAUCAUCCAAUAAAGAGUCUGAAUCAUCCAAUACUGAGUCUGAUUGAUCCAAUAUUGAGUCUGAAUCAUCCAAUACUGAGUCUGAGACAUCCAACACUGAGUCUGAAUCAUCCAAUACUGUGUCUAAAUCAUCCAAAACUGAGUCUGAAUCAUCCUCUGUGUUUGUAUCAGGUCCUGUGGAACAUGUCCAGCUGCUGGCUCCAUUUGUGACCAUCAAGAACAAGGAAGUAAGCCUAACAGCAGUGGUCUGGCCAAUCCACUUCAGGACCCUGAGCUACUUCUGGUGGCUUGGGAACAGCACUGAGGUAAACUGGACUUAAAACACUUGGUGUACAGAGAAGAGGGCCUAGAACCGAGCCCUGUGGGACUCCAGUAGUGAUACCACAUUGUGCAGACACAGAUCCUUUUCUGAUGUUGUGUAUAGUAUACAGUAUACUGUACAACAUUAGUAGAGGUAAACUGACACUAUUCAAAAGGGGUCUUACCCUAUAAUGCCAUAUACUGUACAUGUACUGCAGUGGUGGCUGGUGUCAUUUUAAUUAAAUCAGAGGACGGGCAUAUUGUAAUGCCUGGAAUGGAAUAAAUGGAACCGCAUUGAACACAUCAAAGACAUCGUUUCCAUUCCACUUCAGCCAUUACUGUGAGCUGUCCUCCCUUCAGUAGACUCCACUGAUGUAUAUGGUCCUCUGUAGCUCAGCUGGUAGAGCACGGCGCUUGUAACGCCAAGGUAGUGGGUUCGAUCCCCGGGACCACCCAUACACAAAAAAAAAAAAAUAUUAUGCACGCAUGACUGUAAGUCGCUUUGGAUAAAAGCGUCUGCUAAAUGGCAUAUUUUAUUUUAUAUAUGGGGUAUACAUGAUGUCUAUGGUAUUAGGUACAUUGACCUCUUCUAUGAUGGAAGGUGGCUGUGAUAGAGGCGGAGCAGUCUCUGAUCUUGUAUUUUGUUCAGACGUCUUGUUAGUAUGUCAUAAGUUAUUACCUUAGGUGCAUUGUUUCUAGGUCUUAUGGGGAGGAUGUUUUUUGUAGGGUUUUACUCAAGUCAGAAUUUCGACUACUCUAACUACGCAAGUCAGAAGUUCCGACUACUCUAAGUGAGAAGUUCAAGGAGAAGUUGUUCUCAUCUGAAAUGGGUUUCUUUCAUGUUCCGGGGUUUUAGGUGAAGGGAUUAUGACCGGAUCAAAGUGUGAUUGUUCAUUUUGUCCAUGUUCCCUCUUCCUCCAGCCGGUGAUCAGCUUAGACAGGAGCAUUUCGUACACCUUCACCAGCGAGGGAAUGAACACUGUUACAGUCCAAGUGUCUUGAGCCAAUGCCAUACUGCAAGACAGCAAGACGAUAGCAGUCCAAGGUAAGGUUAAGUACUAUCUCUCUCUCUCUCUCUCUCUCUCUCUCUCUCUCUCUCUCUCUCUCUCUCUCUCUCUCUCUCUCUCUCUCUCUGUCUGUCUCUCUUGGAUCUCCCUAAUCAAAUUAUUCUACUUGAUGUAAUGCUAAUUAGCACAUCUAGCAGCCAUCUCACUUGGUAUGCAACAUUUGAGGGUACUUUACAUUUGAAUAUGUUAGGAUAUUGUCGAAGAGGACAUUUCCCCAAUUAUCUAAGAAAGCACUUAUACGAGCAAUCAUCUCCCCUUGUCAAACCAUGAAGACACACACACACUCACACACACCAACAUCUCUGUCAUCUUUCCCACCCAUCAGAAGACAGUUAGAGGAGGGACACAACCAUAACAUUUUACAUUACAUUUACAUUUUAGUCAUUUAGCAGACGCUCUUAUCCAGAGCGACUUACAGUUAGUGCAUACAUUAUAAAAAUAAAAAAAUCAUACCCCCCGUGGGAAUCGAACCCACAACCCUGGCGUUGCAAACGCCAUGCUCUACCAACUGAGCUACAUCCCUGCCGGCCAUUCCCUCCCCUACCCUGGACAACGCUGGGCCAAUUGUGCGCCGCCCCAUGGGUCUCCCGGUCGCGGCCGGCUACGACAGAGCCUGGAUGCGAACCAGGAUCUCUAGUGGCACAGCUAUCACUGCGAUGCAGUGCCUUAGACCACUGCGCUACUCGCUACAGUGGGGAAUGAAGAGGAUACCUUGAGAAUAAUGCACCUAGAUCAGGAGCUGAAUUAACGGUCUGUUUCUGUUUCUCCCCUGGGUCUCUCUCUCUCUCUCUCUGACAGAGUUCUUCAAAUCUCUGCUUUUAUCUUUCUCCCCUAAUCUGGACGAGUUCAACCCUGACGUCCCCGAGUGGAGACAGGAUGUGGGGAGAGUCAUUAAGAAGGCUCUGCUCUUUUUCUCCCUCUCUCUUGUAUCUUUCUAUCCACUCAGGCGCUUCGACGUUCGCCCUCGUGCUGUCCUGUGAUUCGUUAUCACACAGGUGUUUGAGGCUCGGCUUCUUCUUCCCCCCUUGAGGUAGCUUGAUGAGCACUAAUAAUUUAUUUUCAGAAAUCGGAGCGAUGAAAUGCGUUCUUCAGAAUUAGCCUGGAAUGAAGGAGAUCUUAGCCAUUACCUGGGCACUGGAUGUGCGUAGUAUCUGCGGAGGAGAGCUAGCGCUGAUAUGUCAUAGUUAAGUGUGUUAUUCUUCCACUUCGAGUGGAGGUUAAGGCCUAUAGCAUGCGACUUGUGGUCUUUCUGUGUCUUCAUCAACUCCACAGUGGAUUUGACAUGAGAGGCGACUUAUGCGAGCUAGGCUGAGAGCCAGUGGAGGGAGCUACUGUGAUAGAGGUCAGGGUGAGGCUUUGUGAGGGAUAAAGUGUACUAUGUCACCUGGAGCCAGGGAGCCUCAUACUAUGUUCAUGGCAGUAUAGUAUAGCACCAGCCAAUUGAAUUGUGUUGAACUGAGGGGCACACUCAGUUACAGAAAGCUAUAGCUCUAGUUGAGCUAUUAAUUGCUAGCCUCAAUAGACUGUUACAGCACCUCUUUUCAUACAGGAAGUUUUAUUAUACAACCUUUUCAUAGUUCAUAGUUACGGUCAAGUUCACGAUAAAAGAAAAACAGAAUCCACGUCAUGGUGUGUUUACAACAGUAAUUAGUAAUUGACCACUGUUUCAUCUUUUUUUAUUUAGCUUUGCAUACAGUAAGAUUGUGAGGAAGCUGCUCCAAAAGCCUUUGCUGUUCAAAUAUUAAAGCGUCAAGAUAAAGCCUGGCAGACGUGUUUUUUCAGCCACAUUUGAGCUUGGCCAAAAUUCCCUCCUAAAAGCUCACUCAUCUGACUCAGUCUGACUCACCUACUCCCCUCCCUUAACCCAAAUCAGAUGUUUCACUCCAGCCAAUGAGUUUGGGGGACAUAAAAUGCCAGUGCUACCCAAGCACACAGAGCCAGAAGGCUUUUUAGACUAAUGAGUGAUCGCAAAGAGAACAAACCGGCCUGAGUGUAUUGAUUUUUUCAGGGGCUAUUGCAUCCCAUCCCCUUCCCUAUCCCUCUCCUUUCCUUCUAUGCCUCUUUACUCUCAUUGUGAGUCAUUCCUUUGCUCUCUAUUUGUCCACUAUUUUGCUACUCAAAUAGUGAUUUUUAUGUUUGAUAAUGAAUGUGCUUCAAGUGUAUGUGACUCGCCGACUACGCCACUCCAUUGUCUGCCGAUAGCCCCAUAGAGAACCCAUAGAAACAUUAGUGGCUUUUAAAAUGGGCACUGAUUGCCGGUUGGAACCCCCUGCCUCAUAGGUGGUCUGAAGUGGAAAAAGGCCAUUAUAAAGAAAAAACAUUUAAUAGUAGCUAUUUUGAAGGCAUGGAAAAACAGUUGGUUGGCAAGACCUACUUUUCCCAUCAAGAAAUAAAUACACUUUCGUGAAAAACAUGGCGGUUGAGAUAAGAAAGUCCUAUUAAUUGUCAUCUAUUGGUUUGGUGACAUAUUGUUGCUUGUUUACCUCUAGGUUGUACUUGGUUAUUACCACAUGUUGAUCAAGCCCAAAGCUAUUUCAUUGUCACCUCCCUCUCCUUUGAUUUCAAACAUGUUAAAUAUGUAUAUAAUCUAAGGGCAGUGUUUUUGACUGUAGACUAAGAAUGCCAUACAGGUAUGAACAUAUUGUAACAGUACUGUCCAUUGUCAACAGGUGUCAGACUUUCCAGAGGAUCAGCUAUUGGUUGCAGUGUUUCCAGGUGUGCCAACGUCCACUGAGCUCUUCAUGUUACCACACAAUAACCAAUCAGAGGGCAGGAAAAAGAGCGAGGAGGAGCUAAAGCAGGUAUGGGACAGUUAGAUUGGACGCUGACAUUUUGAGUGUCAUUGUAAUUCUGUCAUGGCAUAUAUGACAAAGUGUUUCCAAUCCUUCACGUAAAUUCACCCAAUAGGAUAAUUACAUUGUCAUGGCUGAAAUGACACACAUCCACAUUAAUUCUACGCGCCCGAGUCUGACAAUUGAGACAAUUGAACCAAUGUGGUGGGUGUCAUGACAAGAUGGCAAAUAUUAUUUAAUUAUACUGUGUGAGUGAAUUGAAAGAGCUGUAAAGGGUGACAAUUGUUAGACAAAAUGAUGCUUCUUUCAUCUCCUUCAACAGAUCUCUGAGAUACUUGCCUCUGGACCAGAAUCUGGUGGAGUUUGAGCUAAAGCCAGGAGCAAAAGUAAUCGUUUACAUCACACAGCUAACUUUGGAUAAGGAAAGAAGUUACUAUCAAGAUAAUUACAUAAAUUAACUGUAUGUACUUGCAUGAGAAAUCAUUAUUUUCUCUACAUAUUCUCCUGUUUUUUAGCUGUAUUUGUUUAUUUUUGUGAUGUCAUAAAUGCAAUGUAAUCUACUUGAGAUAAUCUCUUCAUAAGCCAUAUUUGGAUAGCAUAAACCAAACACUUUUUUUGUUCUGUAUUUAUGUAUGACGAUUGGAGGAGGACAUGGGAGGAAAGGGAGGAUUGAUUUUAUUUUAAGUGGAACUCCUUGAGACAAGGGAACUUUUAUAUCAGCCAUCAAGAUGCCCAACAUCUGUUCACUUUCUUUUACAGCCAUCCAACCACAAAAUGAGUGUUACACUGAGUAUAAUUAUGUUGAUUAUUUAGUCCUUGAGAAAAGGACAAAAAAAGAGAAGUUUGGUUAUAAAUGCAUGCAGAAUUCAGAAUCGCCUCAAAAUAAUCAACAUUACACAAGUUUGAGUGUUGGCUUGAAAUGAGACAAAUAAAUAACUACUCUUGGCUGCAAUUAAAAUGAUUGGCCAGUGUCCACCCAGAAACAACCCAAAACCUGCUUCACAAUGGAAAAUAUUCUCAGUUGAGAGUAUUGAAUGGAUACAGAGCAGUAGUCCAGCCUCCUUCUAUAUACUUCUACAACACCACACUUACUACAGCAGCUGGGUCCACAUGGAAGAGUAGAGGGUUAAAGUUGGAAGUGCCCUUACAGAAAAGCCACAUGAUUUCACGUGGAAAAUGCAUAAAACAUGACAUUUCACAUGUGAAAUCAUAUGAAAACGUGUUUUUGGAACACUUCACAUGUGAAGUUAAUGUGGGUGUUGGGUGGAGGUGGGAGUUGGAGAGAGGAUUGCUCAAAGCUCUCUGGUCAUAGAUGGUGGUGGUUGAAGACUUCACAGGUCUAAGAGUACAUAUUUGGAAGGUUCUAUUAGCCACAUAAUCCCAGUGAGAACAUAUAGUCUUGAGCUGGCUGUCUGUGGUUUAAAGGGCUAGGUAUACACAACGCAAGACGGCGGGUGCUGAAUCUUAAAGUGUGUGUGUGUGUGUGUGUGUGUGUGUGUGUGUGUGUGUGUGUGUGUGUGUGUGUGUGUGUGUGUCUGUGUGUCAAGGGUGGGGUGUGUGUGUGUCUCACCUUAGAAAAGCUGGGAAGAGCCUUCAAGCUGCUUCAGAAAAGUCAUCAACAUCACAGGCCGCCUCUCAGAGCUGGGGCUGGAUAAAAAUACAAAGUAGAAAAUAUACUGUGCUCUACCUUCAAAUCAAAUCAAAUUGUAUUUGCCACAUGCGCCGGAUACAACAGGUGUAGACUUUACAGUGAAAUGCUUACUUACAAGCCCUUAACCAACACUGCAGUUCUAAGAAAAAUAAGUGUCAAGUAAAGAAAUAGAUAGGUAAAAAAUAAAUAAUGAAAGAGCAGCAGUAAAAUAAAAUAACAGUAGGGAGGCUAUAAACAGGGGGUACCGGUACAGAGUCAAUGUGCAGGGGCACAGGUUAGUCGAGGUAAUAUAGGUAAUAUGUACAUGUGGGUAGAGUUAAAGUGACUAUGCAUUGAUAAUAAACAGAGAGUAGCAGCAGCGUAAAAGAGGGGGUGGGGUGGGGGGACAAUGCAGAUAGUCCGGGUAGCCAUGAUUAGCUGUUCAGGAGUCUUAUGGCUUGGGGGUAGAAGCUGUUAAGAAGCCUUUUGGUCCUAGACUUGGCUCUCCGGUACUGCCUGCCGUGCGGUAGCAGAGAGAACAGUCCAUGACUGUCACACCCUGGCUCUGGGGACUCUAAUAUGUUGAGCCAGGGUGUGUAAAGUCUAUGUGUUUUGUGUUCUAUGUUCACAGUCUAGUAUUGUAUUUCUAUGUUGGCCAGAGUGGUUCCCAAUCAGAGGCAACGAGUGUCAGCUGUUGCUGGUUGUCUCUGAUUGGGAGCCAUAUUUAGACAGGCUGUUUUCCCACAGGUGUUGUGGGAUCUUGUUCCGUGUUGGUUGUGUUAGACCUAGGAUGUCACGUUAUCAUUUGUUGUUUUGUUUAUUGUGUGCACUUAAUAAAAUAAGUAUGUACGAAUAUCACGCUGCGCCUUGGUCCUCCUCCUUCGACGAUCGUGACAGAAGAUCCCACCAUACCAGGACCAAGCAGUGUGUCCAGGAGCAGGCAGCCUGGACUUGGAAGGAGAUACAGGCUGGGAUGGAUCGGCGUCCGUGGGAAGAGACGGUGGAGGCGCGCCGGAGAGAGGAGCAACGGCGUCAACAGUGUCAUCGUCGGAAGGACGAGAGGCAACCCCAAACAUUUUUUAGGGGGGGGGCACACGGCAUGGGCGACGGGGCAGCAGGAGGCAGCUACAGGGCGUAUUGGGAGAAUAGGAGAGGAGGCCACCAGGUUAAGGGGGCUAUUGGUCCAGAGGGAGCAGGAGUUAGUGGUUCAGAGGGAGGAGCUUCUGGAGGCGAUAAGGGAGAAGGAGAGAGUAGAGGCACGGCGAGAGGAACUGUGUAGGCAGCUGAGGGAGCGGAGGGUUAUGAAGAAACCCAGUCCCGCUCCUCACACCAAGCAAGUGGUGUGUGUCACCAGUCCGGUCCGGCCCGUUCCUGCUCCCCGCACUAAGUUAGUAGUGCGUGUUCCCAGUCCGGCCCGACCCGUUCCUGCUCCCCGCACUAAGUUAGUAGUGCGUGUUCCCAGUCCGGCCCGACCCGUUCCUGCUCCCCGCACUAAGUUAGUAGCGCGUGUUCCCAGUCCGGUCCGACCCAUUCCUGCUCCCCGCACUAAGUUAGUAGUGCGUGUUCCCAGUCCGGCCCAACCCGUUCCUGCUCCCCGCACUAAGUUAGUAGUACGUGUUCCCAGCCCGGCCCGGCCUGUUCCUGCUCCCCGCACCAAGCCUAUGGUGCGCGUCACCAGCCCGGCCCGGCCUGUUCCUGCUCCCCGCACCAAGCCAAUGGUGCGCGUCGCCAGCCCGGCCCGGCCUGUUCCUGCUCCCCGCACCAAGCCAAUGGUGCGCGUCGCCAGCCCGGCCCGGCCUGUUCCUGCUCCCCGCAACAAGCCAAUGGUGCGCGUCGCCAGCCCGGCCCGGCCUGUUCCUGCUCCCCGCACCAAGCCAGGGGUGCGCAUAGUCAGCCCGGCCCGGCCUGUUCCUACCCCUCGCACCAAGCCUACGGUGCGCGUCGCCAGCCUGGCCCGGCCUGUUCCUGCCACUCGCACCAAGCCUACGGUGCGCGUCGCCAGCCCGGCCCGGCCUGUUCCUGCCACUCGCACCAAGCCUACGGUGCGCGUCGCCAGCCCGGCCCGGCCUGUUCCUGCUCCCCGCACCAAGCCUACGGUGCGCGUCGCCAGCCCAGCCCGGCCUGAACCUGCUCCCCGCACCAAGCCAGGGGUGCGCGUCGCCAGCCCGGCCCGGCCUGUUCCUGCCACUCGCACCAAGCCUACGGUGCGCGUCGCCAGCCCGGCCCGGCCUGUUCCUGCCACUCGCACCAAGCCUACGGUGCGCGUCGCCAGCCCGGUCCGGCCUGUUCCUGCUCCACGCACCAAGCCAGGGGUGCGUGUCGCCAGCCCGGUCCGGCCUGUUCCUGCUCCACGCACCAAGCCAGGGGUGCGCGUCGUCAGCCCGGUCCGGCCUGUUCCUGCUCCACGCACCAAGCCAGGGGUGCGCGUCGUCAGCCCGGUCCGGCCCGUUCCUGCUCCACGCACCAAGCCAGGGGUGCACGUCGUCAGCCCGGUCCGGCCUGUUCCUGCUCCACGCACCAAGCCAGGGGUGCGCGUCGUCAGCCCGGUCCGGCCCGUUUCUGCUCCACGCACCAAGCCAGGGGUGCGCGUCGUCAGCCCGGUCCGGCCCGUUCCUGCUCCACGCACCAAACCAGGGGUGCGCGUUGUCAGCCCGGUCCGGCCCGUUCCUGCUCCACGCACCAAGCCUGUGGUGUGCGUCGUCAGUCCGGCACAACCCGUGCCUGGGUCACUGGUACCUGGUCAGGUACCGGUCAGCAGCUCCACAUCGGAGCCCAAGCAAUCCGCUCCACCGAUGUCCAGUCCAACUCCAGCCAGCGGGGCUAGACCGGACCAGGGGCGCUACGGGGGGAUUGUUGAGGGGUGGUGGUCAAGCCCGGAGCCGGAACCGCCUCUGAGGAGGAAUGCCCACCCAGCCCUUCCCUGUUCGGUUAUGUUUAGGCGCGGUCGCAUCCGCGCUUUUGGAGGGGGGUACUGUCACACCCUGGCUCUGGGGACUCUAAUAUGUUGAGCCAGGGUGUGUAAAGUCUAUGUGUUUUGUGUUCUAUGUUCACAGUCUAGUAUUGUAUUUCUAUGUUGGCCAGAGUGGUUCCCAAUCAGAGGCAACGAGUGUCAGCUGUUGCUGGUUGUCUCUGAUUGGGAGCCAUAUUUUGACAGGCUGUUUUCCCACAGGUGUUGUGGGAUCUUGUUCCGUGUUGGUUGUGUUAGACCUAGGACGUCACGUUAUCGUUUGUUGUUUUGUUUAUUGUGUGCACUUAAUAAAAUAAGUAUGUACGAAUAUCACGCUGCGCCUUGGUCCUCCUCCUUCGACGAUCGUGACAAUGACUAGGGUGGCUGGAGUUUUUGACAAUUUUUAGGGCCUUCCUCUGACACCGCCUGGUAUAGAGGUCCUGGAUGGCAGGAAGCUUGGCCCCAGAGAUGUACUGGGCCAUACGCACUACCCUCUGUAGUGCCUUGCGGUCGGAGGCCGAGCAGUUGCCGUACCAGGCAGUGAUGCAACCAGUCAGGAUGAUCUCGAUGGUGCAGCUGUAUAACUUUUUGAGGAUCUGAGGACCCAUGCCAUGUCUCCUGAGAAUAGGCUUUGUCAUGCCCUCUUCACAACUGUCUUAGUAUGUUUGGACCACGAUAGUUUGUUGGUGAUGUGGACACCAAGGAACUUGAAGCUCUCAACCUGUUCCACUACAGCCCCGUCGAUGAGAAUGGGGGCAUGCUCUAUCCUCUUUUUUUUCCUGUAGUCCACAAUCAUCUCCUUUGUCUCAUCGUUGUCGGUGAUCAGGCCUACCACUGUUGUGUCGGCGGCAAACUUAAUGAUGGUGUUGGAGUCGUGCCUGGCCAUGUGGUCAUGGGUGAACAGGGAGUACAGGAGGCGACUGAGCACGCACCCCUGAGGGGCCGACGUGUUGAGGAUCAGCAUGGCAGAUGUGUUGUUACCUACCCUUACCACCUGGGGGCAGCCCGUCAGAAAGUCCAGGAUCCAGUUGCAGAGGGAGGUGUUUAGUCCCAGGGUCCUUAGCUUAGUGAUGGGCUUUGAGGUAACUAUGGUGUUGAACGCUGCGCUGUAGUCAAUGAAUAACAUUUUCAUGUAGGUGUUCCUCUUGUCCUGGUGGGAAAGGCCAGUGUGGAGUGCAAUAGAGAUUGCAUCAUCUGUUGAUCUGUUGGGGCAGUAUGCAAAUUGGAGUGGGUCUAGGGUUUCUGGAAUAAUGGUGUUGAUGUGAGCCAUGACCAGCUUUUCAAAGCACUUGAUGGCUACAGACAUGAGUGCUAUGUGUCAGUAGUCAUUAAGGCAGGUUAUCUUAGUGUUCUUAGGCACAGGGACUAUGGUGGUCUGAUUGAAACAUGUUGGUAUUACAGACUCAGUCAGGGACAUGUUGAAAAUGUCAGUGAAGACACUUGCCAGUUGGUCAGCGCAUGCUCGGAGUACGCGUACUGGUAAUCCGUCUGGCCCUGCGGCCUUGUGAAUGUUGACCUACUUAAAAGUAUUACUCAUAUCGGCUACGGAGAGCGUGAUCACAUAGUCAUCCGGAACAGCUGAUGCUCUCAAGCAUGCUUCAGUGUUGCUUGCCUCGACGCGAGCAUAGAAGUGAUUUAGCUCGUCUGGUAGGCUCGUGUCACUGGGCAGCUCGCGGCAGUGAUUCCCUUUGUAGUCUAUAAUAGUUUGCAAGCCCUGCCACAUCCGACGAGCGUCGGAGCCGGUGUAGUAUGAUUCAAUCUUAGUCCUGUAUUGACUCUUUGCCUGUUUGAUAGUUAGUCGGUGGGUAUAGCGGGAUUUCUUAUAAGCGUCCGGGUUAGAGUCCCGCUCCUUGAAAGCGGCAGCUCUAUGUGGUGUAGUCCUCAAUGCCAUCGGAAGAAUCCCGGAACAUGUUCCAGUCUGUGCUAGCAAAACAGUCCUGUAGCUUAGCAUCUGCGUCAUCUGACCACUUCCUUAUUAACCGAGUCACUGGUGCUUCCUGCUUUAGUUUUUACUUAUAAGCAGGUAUCAGGAGGAUGGAAUUAUGGUCAGACUUACCAAAUGGAGGGCGAGGGAGAGUUUUGUACGUGUCUCUGUGUGUGGAGUAAAGGUGGUCUAGAGUUUUUUUUUCCUAUGAUUGCACAUUUAACAUGCUGGUAGAAAUGAGGUGGAACGGAUUUAAGUUUCCCUACAUUAAAGUCCCCAGCCACUAGGAGUGCUGCCUCUGGAUGAUCGUUUUCCUGUUUGCUUAUGGCCUUAUACAGCUCAUUGAGUGCAAUCUUAGUGCCAGCAUAGGUUUGUGGUGGUAAAUAGACAGCUACGAAAAAUAUAGAUGAAAACUCUCUGAGUAAAUAGUGUGAUCUACAGCUUAUCAUGAGAUACUCUACCUCAGGCGAGCAAAACCUCGAGACUUCCUUAGUAUUGGAUUUCGUGCACCAGCUGUUGUUUACAAAUAUACACAGACCGCCACCCCUUGUUUUACCGGAGUCAGACGUUCUAUCCUGCCGAUGUAGCGUAUAUCCCGCCAGCUGUAUGUUAGUCAUGUCGUCGUUCAGCCACAACUGUGAAAAUUAAGAUAUUAACCAUUUUUAUGUCCCGUUGGUAGGAUAUCCGUGAUCGUAAGUCGUCUAUUUUGUUUUCAAAUUAUUGUAGGUUGGCUAAUAGGACUGAUGGUAGAGGCAGAGUACUCGCUCGCAUUCGGAUCCUUACAAGGCACCCCGACCUACGAUAUCUCUGUCACUUUCUCAUGCGAAUGACGGGGAUUUGGGCCUUGUCGGGUGUCUGUAGAAUAUCCUUUGUGUCCGACUCGUUGAAGAAAAAAUCUUUGUCCAAUACGAGGUGAGUAAUCGCUGUCAUUGAUAUUCAGAAACUCUUAUUGGUCAUAAGAGACGGUGGCAGAAACAUUAUACAAAAUAAAUCACAAAUAACAAUAAUAUACAGUAUAGGAUCAAUAUUGGCAAUGAAGCAAGAACAUCUCCAAGGAAAUCCCAGAUUAGCCUUUAUUGUGUUGCUAUGUUCUUGUUAUGUUUAACGUUGGUCUUCCUCUACCCUCUGUUACAGCACCCUUGGUGGAUUCCAGCCCGAGACACAGCAGUUCAGUCAUGCUGAUGCUCCUAUCAGUAGUAUUCCUGGGUUUAGCAGUGUUUCUCAUCUACAAAUUCAAG